CCUGGGCCGUAUGUGGCCCACGCGCGCCAGAUUGGAAUAGCUGCUUCUUCCACAGACAGCAGCCAACUCUCUCCGGCCUCCGCCUCUCGCGGUCCGAUCCAUCUCGUCUCUCUCUCCCCUGAUUCGAGCGCCGCCGGCCGCCACCACCUCCCCUGAUUCUUCGUCUGCCACUCCCACCCCCCCCCCCCCAGUGACCACGAGUCAGUCGGCGCAUCGUCUUCCCCUGCUCCGCACGGAGCGCGCCUCGGCGAUCACGCUCCGGCACGGCGGAAGCGAAUAGAUGGCGGCCCGCCGCCUCCUCCACCUCCGAAGCCGCAGUUACUCCGCCUCCUCCGCCGCCGAGGACCUGGUCGUCUCCUCUCUCCGUCUCCUCUCCAUUCCCCCUCACAAGCCAACUCCACUCCCCCCUCACCUCCAUUCGAAGGACCCCUCUCCCGAUACACCAACACGUCCUCCUCCGCCGUCGCCUACCGCCCUCCUCCUCUCCACCGCCCAACGCCUCCGCGGGGUCUUCCUCCGCAAGCCCCCAGGCCGCGCCGAACUCCACCGGGCGCUCUCCUCCACGGGCCUUGAUGCCGCCGCCGCGCUCUCCCCCGAGGUGCUCGCUGACGUCGUCAACGCCGGAGACAUCGGAGGUGCUGCCACCGUCGCCUUCUUCGACUGGGCUGUCACCAACUCCAAGCCGCCCCCGUCCGUCCACACCUGCAACAUUGUCAUCAGGGCUUUGGGGAGGAAGAAAUUCUUCGACUUUCUCAAGGACACCCUGGAGAUCAUGCGCAAAAACAGUAUCUUUCCGGACCUAACAACUCUGGAGAUUAUCGUGGAUAGUCUAGUUGCCGCCAGGCAUGUCAGCAGGGCCGUUCAAAUGAUCAGUACCGACCAAUUUGGAUUCGGAAUUGGGAAAGCUUGCCACAGAAAGGAAGCCUUUACCAUCCUCAUCAGGUGCCUUUGUCGGAGGUCACAUGUAGGCCUUGCUAGCUCACUCUUGCAGGCUGCUCAUAAGGAGUUACUUGGUCUUGAUAAUCACGCAUACAAUGAGGUGGUGGGUGGCUGGGCGAGAUUUGGGAGAGUCGAUAAGCUGGAGGAGUUUUGGGCAAGGAUGCAGGAGGAUGGGCUGGUGCCAGAUGAGGUUUCACAUUGCCAUCUAAUUGAGGCGUUGGGAAGAGCAGGGCGGGUUGAGGAGGCACUCAGGGUGUUUGAGAAUAUGGUACAUGAGGGAUAUGGUCAGACUACGACGGCCUACAAUGCAAUUAUUUUCAAUUUUGUCUCCAUUGGGGAUUUAGACAGAUGCAUCAAGUAUUACAAGGAUAUGGUGGACAAGAAUUGUCCUCCUAACAUCGACACAUACCUCAAGAUGAUUAUAGCCUUUUUGAAAGAGCGCAGGGUGGCUGAUGCACUUCAAAUGUUUGAUGACAUGUUGGCUCGAGGAAUUCUGCCAAAUACUGGAGUGAUUACGUCAUUCAUCGAGCCGUUGUGCACAUUUGGGCCUCCUCACGCUGCUUUGAUGAUUUACAAAAAGAGUAGGAAGGCUGGUUGUAUAAUAUCCUUGAAAGCAUAUAAGCUUCUGCUCGAGAGGCAUGCUAAGUUUGGGAAGAGUGGAAUCGUUUUGAAGAUUUGGGAGGAGAUGCAAGGGUGUGGGUAUCCAUCUGAUAAGGAGAUUUACGAGUUUAUUGUAAAUGGGCUUUGCAAUGUGGGUAAGGUUGAUGCCGCUGUGUCUGUGGUGGAGGGAUCACUUAGGAAAGGUUUCUGUCUUGGAAGAGUUGUUUAUAGCAAAUUGAACAACAAGCUUUUGGAGAUGAACAAAGUUGAGACUGCGUACAAUUUAUUCAAGAAAGUCAAAGAUGUACGUGUAGUUGCUAAUUCUCGCAACUAUUGCCGUGCUAAUGGUUGGCAUUCCUGAGCAUAAUCAAUUUUCAUUCUAAGGGUAAAUACUGUGCUAUUCGGUUUGACUGCUGUGAGGCUGAGAGCAGUUCCGUAUGCUUUUUGGAAGUAUACUUGUUGGUGAUACACGUGAUGAAUCUAAAACUCUAAAUUAAAGUGGUGAAAGGUACAAAGGUAUGAAAAAAAGUUCAGCUGGAAUCUGGAAUAUUUGUGCUACUUGGGUUGCUCAGGGAGUAACAGAGGAUGAAGCAUGCCGUAUCCGAGAAAAUGACUGGAGUUAUACCUCAUUUAAUGAAGCAGAUUACUUGAGAACCUCUUUGGAUCAAGAUGAGACAAAUCAGAGCUGUCUUAGAGGCAGAACUGGAGCACCAACCAGAAGGCAGAGAUACAGUGCGGAGAGCAAGGGAUUUUGGCCCAAAACCCUUGAAUUUGAGGAAAAAUGUAACCAAGAAUAGAUGUCCGGUAGACCGAACACAACUAGAGCAAGUCCGAAAGGACCAUGAGGAGCAUAUAGAAAAGUUACUCCAUGGGGCUGCAGACCAACAAGGUAGCGUCAUGAAGCUACGAAGAGAGUGAUUACCAGCGUGGUGACAGAUGCCUCAUCAUCCGGACAGCAAGAUCAAUGAAAUGUUGAGAAAACAUGCUAGCACGAAAUUGUGCAAGCCAACAUCCACGCUCGGCAAUAUUUGCAUUGCGUGCACAGCAAACCAAUACUCUGAUGAAGUACCUCCAGGAGAUGAUUUAGGAUGACAAAAAGGGCACCUUCAGGUGUACACCUCAGACUAUCUUCGCAAAGCUACAAGGCGCCUAUCAUGACAUGGAUCUGUGUGGCCGGCCCAGGAGCCUGAUAUCUGAGAAGAGUGUUUUAGCGUUGGCGGUUGCAGUGGAGUGGUCUACAAACUUCCAAGAGUUUUGGGUGCAGAGUAACCACGAGCCAGGAGUUCUCCUGAAUGUAAUCUUUAUUUCAUACAAUGUGAACUUGGAUUUGGAUUGGAUAAACAACUCUGUUCUUGUAAUAAUAGUAUUCGCAUGAUCAAGUUGAGAUAAAAAUCGCUCAAAAGCUUAUUAUUCUUAA